AUGCCUCAAAUAUUAAACGAUAAUGAACAAAAAGGGGACAAAUCAAACAAAAAACAUGGUGAUAAAAAACGGAAUCUUGCUAUGGUUUGUUUAGCAAUACUUUCUGGUAGUUCAAUGCUAUCUUGUUUUGUUUUUACUAUUUCAUUGAUCUAUAUGUUGGGAUAUAAAUGGGCGAUUAUAGCUGGACAAAUCGGUAUACUUAUCUAUACUGCUGCUAAUAUGUAUCCAAAAGCAGUACUGUUAUAUCCAGGUAAGUAUAUUUCAAAUAAAUCCACUGUUAAACAUAUGUUUGUAUUUGGUGGCAAUAAUUCAGAUAUUCAAAGUUGUAUUACAUGUACUAUCGGUAUUCAAUAUAUUGGCCUUGUUAUGGUUUCAUAUGGUAUUACAGGUUGUAUUUCCAGUAUGAAUCGCAAUGAUAUGUUAUAUAAUUAUCGAAUAUCAAAUCGUGAGAAUGAUAAUGAAUCACAAGCAAAAGUUCUUACUCAAUUAGUAUUCGAUUAUAAUAGUGAACAUUUUGCAGAACUAUAA